CAAGUUGGUACGAAGUUGAUAACGAGGGAAAUUCUUUCGCGAAAAAAUCGUAUAAAUACUGCAGAAAAGGGCGUUUAAAAUCAGAAGUAGUUUCGACUUCACGAUGGUUAUGAAGAAUCAUCUUGGUAUUAUGAGUUAUAUUCUACUCAUGUGUAUUUGUAUGUCUUAUGCUAAACCAAGCAUUCCCGAUACAUUACAAUUUGGAGUUGCAACUUCGGCCUAUCAAGUUGAAGGAGCAUGGAAUGAAGGCGAAAAAGGUGAAAAUCAAUGGGACAGGCUUACUCACGGGAAACCUCAGAAAAUUAAAGACAAAUCUAAUGCUGAUAUUACCUGCGAUAGUUACCAUAAAUUUAUGGAUGAUGUGCAACUAUUGAAAGCAAUGAACGUCGAUUUUUACAAGUUUUCAAUAUCUUGGUCGAGAAUUUUUCCAACUGGCUACACCAACUCGAUCAACGCUGAUGGAAUUCGCUACUAUAACGAUUUAAUUGAUGAGCUUAUAGUGAAUGGUAUUAAACCGGUUGCGACAAUGUUUCACUGGGACCUUCCCCAAGCACUACAAGAAAAAGGAGGCUGGAUGAACGAACAAUUAAUUGAUGUCUUUGAAACCUAUGCUAAUUUAUUAUUUUCAAUAUACGGAAAUAAAGUCAGAGAUUGGAUUACUUUUGAUGACCCGAACAGAUUUUGCUUUGACAACUAUUACCAAGAGGUGACCUUCGCGGACGGAUUAAUACAUGAAGGUAAUAGCGGGUACCUUUGUGCACACACCGUCCUAAGAUCUCACGGACGAGUUUAUAAAAUAUACAACACCCGCUAUAGAACAAGACAGCGAGGUCGCAUUGGGAUCUCAUUGGGCGCAACGUGGAUGGAACGAGGCCUAAAAUCUGAAUCCGAUGUUGAAUUAAGUCGACUAGCAAUGGAAAUUGAGUUGGGAUGGUUUGCUCACCCAAUCUUUUCAAAAGAAGGUGAUUAUCCACCAGAACUUGCAAAGCAGUUGGAAAUGUUCGCUCAACGACAACAAAUGACUACCUUCAAACUUCCUGAUUUUCCAAAAGAUGAAGUAGAACUUAUAAGAGGGAGCGCUGAUUUCAUAGGAUUGUCUCACUUUAUUUCCAAAAUUUGCGACGGUAGUCGUCCUAAUAUAAAUCAGGAAGGUAAUCAUUUCUUUGGAAUUGAUUUCUGUACUGAACAUAGAACACCGCGGCCAACCGGUGUCUCAUGGGUUAAUCCUGUUCCAUGGGGAAUUAAAAAUUUGUUGAAGUGGGUUAAAGAAGAAUAUAACAGUCCGGAAAUCUUUAUCACAGCAAAUGGAUAUCCCGAUUCUGGGAACGAACACGAUUGUCGAAGAGUCCAUUACAUGAAUGUUUACUUGGAACACGUUGCCGCAGCCAUAGAAGAGGAUGGGUGCAAUGUUACUGCUUAUACAGUUUGGAGCCUUUUAGACAAUUUCAAUUGGUACAAAGGAUACACUGAAAAGUACGGUCUUUACAGAGUAGAUUUUACCAACCCAGAAAGGCCUAGGAAACCUAAAUUAUCUUCGGUAACAUAUGCCAAUAUUAUAAAAACUAGAAAAAUUGAUUGGGGAUUCUCUCCGGAACACUAUCGUGAGUGUAGAUGGAACAGACUCAACGAGACUGAGGAUUAAUUCGAAAAUAAUGAGCAUAAUCAAUAUUUUGCAUUUUAUAUAUUUAUUGUUUCAAAUAUUAAAUUAUUAUAUUAACUAACAUACAA